GCAGAGCUUGGAAACAGCGCGAGAGCUGAAGCUUUUCACAGAGGGUACACAGAGCAGGAGGCAGGUGGUAGAGGUCAUGAUGGACUCUGUUGCACUUUCCUGUAAAGUCUGUACCUCCUGGCAGGGGCUCCUGCUCACAGUCUCCCUUUUAACCUGCUGGCUGAUUCCCACUACUUCCCAGCUCACCAUCAAAUCAGUGCCUCCCAUUGCUGUUGAAGGGGAAAAUAUUCUUCUGUUUGUGCAUAACCUGCCGAAGAAUGUUAAAGUCUUUUCCUGGUUCACAGGAGCUAGAGUGCUCAAGAGUUGUGAAAUUGCAACUCAUGUGAUAGCUGUCAAUGCUACUGUGAUCGGAUUUUCACAUAGUGGUAGAGAGACAUUGUUCAAAAAUGGAUCUCUGCUGAUCAAGAGUGUCACCAGUAAAGACUCAGGAUACUACACUCUACGAAUAAUUGAUGCAACCUCAAGACCUGAAAUAAUACGUACAGAAUUCUUUGUACACAGCCCACUUUUAGGUUACAAGAAGCAUCUCACCCCUUCUCGGCUCACAAUUGCGUUGGUGCCACCUAGGGUUGAAGAAAACAUCAAUAUUAUUCUGUGGGUCUUUCAUAUGCCAAAGAAUCUUCAAGCCUUUGCUUGGCACAAAGGAGUACUUCCACUUGACCAUUUGAAGAUAGCAAGCCAUUCAUUCCUAACCAAUUCAACCAUGCUGGGGCAUGCAUAUUAUGACAGAUUGACAGUACGCAAUGAUGGGUCCUUGCUUCUCUUGAAUGUCACGAAGAAUGACACAGGGCUUUACACCCUACGAACCAUAUCUGUUGAUUUGAAAUUAGAAUGGGCCAUUAUUGACGUCCAAGUAAACAGUAAAUGAUU